GUUCAAUUAACCGGGUAUAAUCCAGAAGACAGCCAAAGGAUAUAAAUGCUCGACAAAAACGGUUCGCUUCUCCAGGAGAACAAUCGUGAUGAAGACAGGCCUUCAACUCAUCAUUGUCAUACAUGUGUUGAACAGUGGCUAUUUUGACGCAUUGUCGCAAACGACUCCAAAACCAGAUAAGGAUAUCGACGGAUAUUUAUCGGAAUUGACAAGUGAAGCUGGAGAAAAGCUGCUUCGCAUAAAAAUUAUAAUUGGGGAAGAAGUAACGGAUUUCAAAGAGGAAAUAAAAGUUGCGUUAAUGGAAUUAGAAACUAACAUGAAUAAAACAGUUCUUCUACCGAAAGAACACGAAGCAGACAUGAAAGAACUUUAAAAAUGCCUCAGUACGUCUGGUGAAAUGUGGACUGAAAACUUGGUUCUAACUUCGGCCAACUCAAAGUACUUUCUCUAUGGUAUUCCACUCACUUUCCGGAUAACACUGUAACAAAACUGUACAAUAAAUAGUUGUAACACCUUGG